CCCCAUUCAAGCCUUCUCAAGAUACCCCCUCACACAUUCACAAUGGCAUCAAGACCUGUAGCUCGUGCUUCCCGCCAGAUUGCGCGCCAAUUGGCCGCCCCUGUGCAGAAACGCACUUUCGUCUCUGCGCUCAACGCUGCUCGCGCUGGCGUGGCAGCUGCCCCCAAGGCCGCUGUCACCACCCAGUUCCAGCAGACGCGUGGUGUGAAGACAGUUGACUUCGCCGGCACCAAGGAGACCGUCUACGAGCGUGCCGACUGGCCGAAGGAGAAGCUUUUGGAGUACUUCAAGAACGACACUCUCGCCCUCAUCGGCUACGGAUCCCAGGGUCACGGCCAGGGUCUGAACCUUCGUGACAACGGCCUCAACGUCAUCGUUGGUGUGCGGAAGAACGGUGCCUCGUGGAAGGAGGCCGAGCAGGAUGGCUGGGUCCCGGGCAAGAACCUCUUCGACAUUGACGAGGCCAUCGGCAAGGGUACCAUCAUCAUGAACCUGCUUUCCGAUGCUGCCCAGUCUGAGACCUGGCCCGCCAUCAAGCCCCUCCUCACCAAGGAGAAGACCCUCUACUUCUCCCACGGCUUCUCCCCCGUCUUCAAGGACCUCACCAAGGUUGAAGUCCCCACCGACAUGGACGUCAUCCUCGUCGCCCCCAAGGGUUCUGGCCGCACCGUCCGCUCCCUCUUCCGGGAGGGCCGCGGCAUCAACUCCUCCAUCGCCGUUUUCCAGGAUGUCACUGGCAAGGCCCAGGAGAAGGCCAUCGCCCUCGGUGUUGCCGUCGGCUCCGGCUACCUCUAUGAGACCACCUUCGAGAAGGAGGUCUACUCCGACCUCUACGGCGAGCGCGGCUGCUUGAUGGGCGGUAUUCACGGCAUGUUCCUUGCCCAGUACGAGGUCCUCCGUGAGCGCGGCCACUCUCCCUCUGAGGCCUUCAACGAGACCGUUGAGGAGGCUACCCAGUCCCUCUACCCCCUCAUUGGCGCCAACGGCAUGGACUACAUGUACGCCGCGUGCUCAACCACCGCCCGCCGCGGUGCCAUCGACUGGAGCAAGCGCUUCAAGGACGCCCUCAAGCCCGUCUUCGACGAUCUCUACACCUCCGUCGCCGACGGCUCCGAGACCAAGCGCUCGCUUGAGUACAACUCGCAGCCCGACUACCGCGAGAAGUACAAGAAGGAGCUCGAGGAGAUUGACAACCUCGAGAUCUGGCGCGCCGGUAAGGCCGUCCGCUCGCUCCGUCCUGAGAACGCUAAGUAAGCGUCGCGGCCCUGAGUGGUGGGAGGAGUGUCCCGGUGGACGUGUAUUCAUAGGUCUUUACUAUCUGCACUCGGCGUCUUGAUUUAUGUUGGCGCCGUGGAUUUCUGCAUGGUCUUGGAAAGGAUUCGAAAAGUUCGAUCGCUCCAAAAGCAAUGAUACCUUGUUCACACAUGAACCGUUCUGUGAUUUAUCCUUGAAUCAAAUUCACAACACUACGUUCCACCAUUCUGUCUGCUGACUAAGUUCUGGUCUUCUUUCCUCUCUCAUUUUAAUUUCUAUUAGCAACACGUGCGUUCUGUGGCCAUCCUGACUAAGCCUACUAGUUUCCGCGGUGUUGGGGCCAGUGUACGAG